AUGAGCUUGUGCGAACAGUGUAUUCAAGGCGUCCGCCACGAAGGCGUAGCUGAAGGAAAAUUUGAGCAGAUUGGUGGUGUAGAGUGCUACGUCGCUACUCCUACAGUCGAUUAUCCGAAGGACAAGGUUAUCCUCUAUCUCAUCGAUAUCUUUGGAAUACACCUUCCGAACCACCAGCUCCUCGCCGAUGACUACGCUCGCAAUGGCUUCAAGGUUGUCGUCCCUGAUAUCCUCCACGGCGACCCGUGUCCCGCAGAUGCCCAGGCUCCGGGCUCAAACUUCGACCUGAAGGCCUGGUUGGCGAAGCAUCCCGGAGACUCUGUUAAGCCGGUGCUUGAGAAGGUCAUUGGAGCUCUCACAGAAAGCGGCGUCCAGAAUAUUGGUGCCCUCGGAUUCUGCUACGGCGCCCGCCCGGCAUUCGAUCUGGCUUUCCUCAACGCGACGGACGUCACGGUCGUUUCCCACCCGUCCCUGUUGAAGAUGCCCGAGGAUUAUCAGAGAUACGUCGCCGAGUCCAAGGCACCGCUCUUGAUCAACAGCUGUGAGAUCGACCACCAGUUGCACAGAGAAGCACAGGCGCAAGCGGAUGUGGUUCUGACUGGAUUCGCUCCUGGGUACAAGAGAACCUACUGGGAGGGAUGCACCCAUGGUUUCACGAUCCGCGGCGACUUGAGUAACCCGAAAGUCAAGGCUGGAAAGGAGGGUGCUUUCAAGGCUACGGUGGAGUUCUUACUGAAAUACCUCUAA